AUGGCCCUCUUCUCAGGCAUGUCCAUCAGGGGGCCCCCGGGGGGCCCCCAAAGCAGCACGGGGGCCCCCCCCAGCAGCACGGGGGGCCCCCCCAGCAGCACGGGGGGCCCCCCCAGCAGCACGGGGGGCCCCCCCAGCAGCACGGGGGCCCCGGGGAGCAGCAGCGGGGGCCCCCAGGCCCCAGCUGCAAGGGCAGCAGCAGCGCUGGAGGCCUCUGCAGCAGACGCAGGGGGCCCCCAGGCACACCCUGCAGCACAGCAGCAGCAGCAGCAGCAGCAGCAGCAGCAGCAGCAGAGCCCAGCAGCAGCAGCAGCAGCAGCAGAAGGCAACGCCUUCACCCGUGCUGCUUCUUCUGCCUUUUCUUUUCUUUUCAAAGGGGGGCCCCCCACCCCCCAGGACCCUCCCCAGGGGCCCCCAAUCCAAACAGGGUACAGUGCCCCCGGGGGGCCCCCUGGUGGGGGUGCCCCCUAUGGGGGCCCCCCAGGUGGGGGGCCCCCAUGCGCCUCUGGGGGCCCCCCCGGGCAGUUCGGGAGACUCUUUCAGCAGCAGCAGCAGCAGCAGCAGCCGCAGCAACACUACUACUACCAGCAGCAGCUGCAGCAGCCGCAGCAGCAGCAGCACCAGCAGCAGCAGCUGCAGCAGCAGCAGCAGCAGCAGUAUCCACAGGCAGCAGCAGCACAGCAGUCCUGGGGAACUUCUCUAGGGCCCUCUUCAGCUAUGCCGCAGCACAGCCUGCCUGCAGCAGCAGCAGCAGCAGCAGCAGCAGCAGCAGCAGCAGGCAGCGGCGAAGAUGCCUUUGAGCUGCUGCAGCACGCGCAUUCUGCUGCCUCAAGGGGCCCCCUGGGGGGCCCCCAGGGGGCCCCCCUGGGGGCCCCCCAGGGGGCCCCCCAGGGGGCCCCCCAGGGGGCCCCGACCUGCCUGGAGACUCUUCCAGAGUCUCUGUUUGCUGCUGCUGCUGCUGCUGAAGCAGCUGCUGCUGUGGGGCCCCACAACCCGAGGGGGGCCCCUGCUGCAGCAUUUCUGCAGCCAUCUAAAAUCCAAAGAAAGCCCAAGAAGUCUGUGCUGCCUGGGAUUGCUGGGUGGCAGCAGCAGCAGCAGCAGCAGCAGCAGCAGCUGCAGCAGCAGCAGCAGCAGCAGCUGCUGCAGCAGCAGCAGCUGCAGCAGCAGCAGCAGAUGAGCCAGUACUAUCACGAGCAGCAGCAGCAGCUGCUGCAGCAGCAAAUGCAGCACGGACUGCAGCAACGGCCCCACGACGACGCGCAGCCGUAUACCCACCUAACACUGCAGCAGCAGCAGCAGCCGCAGCAGCAGCAGCCGCAGCAGCAGCAACAGCAGCAGCAGCAGCAGCAGUACCCUGCUGCAGCAACCCCAUUAGUGCCUCCUUCCCCCUCUGCAUGCGCUGCAGCAGGGGCCCCCCUCCCUCAGCAGCCCCAGGGGCCCCCCAGGGCCUCCUUUGGGGGCCCCCCAAAGGACACCCCGCACUUGGGGGCCCCCCAGGGGGCCCCUGAUAUGGGGGCCCCCCAGGGGGCCCCCCAGGGGGCCCCUCAGGGGGGCCCCCCGGGGGGCCCCCCAGGGGGCCCCCAGGGGGGCCCCCAGGGGGCCCCCCGGGGGCCCCCCAUUGAUGCUUUUGAAGGCAUUGGGGGUUCUUCAGAGUUUUCGUUUUUGGGUGCUUCUGGUGUGAGUGGAGGCAGAGGUGCAGCAGCAGCAGCAGCAGCAGCAGCAGCAGGAGGCGCAGCAGCAGCAGCAGCAGCAGCAGCAGGAGGCGCAGCAGCAGCAGCAAGCGAGCUGGAAGGCUUUUACUUCAUCUGCCGCAGCAGCGCGCUGCAGCAGCAAACUGAAAUAUAUAAUCAGCUGCUUGAGGCUGCGAAGCUGGAGGCCCAAGCAGAACAGGUGUGCUGCUGCUGCUGCUGCUGCUGCUGCUGCUGCUGCUGCUGCUGCUGCUGCUGCUGA